AAAGGAGAUUGUUGCUGUUUUCACAAGGACGACGCGUUCUUCCUCUCUCCUUCUCUAUAUUACAAUCUCAUUUCCUUUUCCCCAGAUCAUCAUCAUCAUCAUCAUCAUCAUCAUCAGUACCUGUCUCUGGUCGUACUAGAACCGAGAUCAUCUGUUCUAAUAUCGAUAAUGGCAACGGGAAAUAGAGGAAGACAACUGCCAAAGUUUGGGGAAUGGGACGCGAGUAGUCCAGGCGUUGCCCAAGGAUUCACCGUCAUUUUCAACAACGCUCGUGACGACAAGAAGACCAAGAAAACAGCUGUUGCAGGACCUGAGAGUCUGGUUACACCUCCGAUAAACAAUGAGUCUCAUCAGAAAAACAACAACCAUCAUAACCAUCAGAACAAAAACCAUCAUAAUAAACGUAAUUCCCAUAUCCCACGAGAAAAGAAGAAAUGGCUUUGCUUCCGGUAAAAUAUGGUUCGGGCUCUUUUUUGAAGAAAACACUGAUAAGGAAGCAGAACCGGUGACCGGAGUAGUUUUCAAUCUUUGUUCAUUAUAAGAUGUUGUUGCAAACUUCUUUCUCCUUCGUUGAGUUUCUCUAUUCAACUUUGCUUUGGCUACA